GAAGAAAAACAAAACAAGAAAAAACAAGAUUUGUUCAUAAUUUGUUAAGUCAUCUGGCGGUUUCACAACUUGAAGAAAUAAAGUGCACGCAAUCAAGUAAAGCUGCUUGUCGAUACUUAACGGAACCUCAACGCUGAUUGCUGACGACAAAAACAAGAGCAAAUAUGUCUUUCAACGUGACCCCAAAGUUUGUUCAACUCAAACUAACUUGUAUUCCAAGCGCUUUUUCAUAUCUAAAUUUACCUUAAAUGCAACAAAUCAGCAACUUAACAUAUCGUAAACUUGUCAGCAAAAUGAACAAAAACAAACCUUCACUUGAUCUCAACGGUUCUUCUUCGUCUCAUCAGAUUAUCCAACUAUCACAAGAGCCUUCUCGUAUUGUUAUCGAAUCUGUCGAAUUUUCCAUACAAAAUCUCCUCAAGAACUGGCAGAGAAGGAGAAAAUGGAAGCUCUUCUUUAAUAACAUUCCCAACAACCAAAACCACCUUAUUACCAUAUCACCAUGGAGAACCAAACUAGUCGAUUUCCUAGAAUCCAAACAAAUCCGAGCCAUCGUCAUCUCACUCAUUAUCCUCGACCUAAUCCUCACAACCCUAGAACUCACUUCCGCCUUGCUUUCCUGCCAACCAAUCAAGAACCGCCACAAUAGUAUUACACAAAAACAACAAACGUGGUAUCACUGGCUCGGAAUCGCCAUCCUCAGCCUCCUUUUAGCGAAGAUUGUAGCGUUGGCCGUGGGGCUUGGCGGUGGGGCGUUCCUGCGGCGGCCAGUUCUUGUUGUGGACGCUGCGGUGGUGGCGGCGGCGCUGGUGUUAGAAGGCUUUUUAGAGAGGAAAGGGGGAGGGCUGUUGGUUGUGGUGAGCCUGUGGCGUGUGGUUAGAGUUGUGGAGGGCGCAUUUGAGCUAAGCGAUGAUGUCAUUGAAGCGCAGAUUGAAGGAAUUGUUAGACAGUUUGAGGUGUUAAGGGAAGAGAAUAAGAUGCUUUUGCAAAUCAUUGGCGAAAAAGAUGAGGUUAUAGAGAAGCUUCAACAAGAUUUGGAUCGUUGUAGGGAAGACUUUUGCAGUUCCAUAUAGCUUGCUUUU